AUGGUCGACAAUGUUGUCCCCCAGGGUUCAGUAUUGGGACCCCUUUUGUUCCUUAUCUACGUGGACGAUGCCGCAAGAGCUUUAGACGGCGAAGUUACAAUGUUUGCGGAUGACAUGAAGAUAUGGAGUGUAAUUCGGGGUCCUGCCGACGAGGACGAAUGAGCCUAAAUUGGUUGAAGGAGUGGUCUAACCGUUGGCUCCUGCGGUUCAACGUUGCCAAAUGUAGCAUACUUCGUCUAGGCAACACACCCAGAUCCGCCAGCACAAGAGGCCACUUUCUGGGUGCUGCAGCCCUACAAGAGGUCGAAGCCCAAAGGGACCUCGGUGUGCUAACGACGAGUUCCUUUAAAUCAUCCGCCCACUGUUCGAGGGUGGAAAAAAGCGCAAUGUCCGUACUGUACGCCAUCAAGCGUGCGUUUAUGGACUUUGACGAAGAAGCUUUCUCUAAGACAUUCGGAACAUUCUUCCGGCCGCAUUUAGAGUACGGCAUAAAGCUUGAAGGCCGUGGGCUAUUGACGAUCAAAACUGCCUCGAAAGGGUCCAGAGGAGAGCCACGAAGAUGGUUAGGGGUCAAAGUUCCUUCCUUAUGCAACCCGCCUAGUAAAUCUGAACCUCUUUCCUUUGAGUUACAGGCAACUUCGCGGAGAUCUCUUGCAAGCCUUCCGCAUUGUAAAGGGGUUGGAUUGCAGUCUGGCCUUCGAGGACUUUUUUGAAUUUGCUACCACGACCAUUCUCCGAGGACACCCAUUAAAACUGUGCUCUCAGAAGGCAAGGCUGAAUGUGCGGAAGUUCUCCUUCUCUGUUCGAGUGGUCAAACCCUGGAAUGAGCUUCCCGCAGAUGUUGUGAUGUCAUCAUCCACGCAAAGUUUUAAAAAGAAUCUUGACAUAUUUAUGUUCCGAAAUGACCAAGAGCGAUGAGAAGUCGUGCUCACCCCCUGUAAAUCCUUCUCAUUUUAUCCCACCAUUAUGGGCGUGUUCGAACUAUUUGAGCCCAGAACAUCUAUCUGUACACCAAACAUUUUUAAACGUUGCAAAUGGGGUGCUCAAAGGCUUACGCCUAUUUCCCUCAAUAAACUGAAAUGAGCUGAACUUAACUGAAUCAUUUUCUUCAUUACGGUUAUGUCGUUCAAAUUCUGUAUUUAAGACUAUACGUGAUCAGAAAUGUAUGUUCAUAUCUAUAACGUUUUCCGUAGCUUCAUCUUCACUAUAAUCAUUACCUUCAAUAAGAACCCCAGCAAGUUCUGCUUUUUCCGCUAGCCAUGUUAAGCAAUUGAACCAAACGUAAUGUAAUGCCUCCCGUAAGGAUGAUCAAGUUGACAUUCAUCACUGGAUUCGCUUAUAAACCUUAGUUGAAACUGCAUCAAAUUCUGACAAAGAGUACAGUCUAAAGACACUUAAAGACUAGAUGAACUGCUAGCCAUUGGAUUUGUCAACGCUAGGGUUUCUGCAUUCACUGAUUUGGUCGAUCCUUUGUCGAUCAGGUCGAGCGUUUAGGUAUGUUGCGUUAUUUUGAAAUGGUGUAAGUUUAUACAGGUGGAGGUAGGUGCAUGCGGUAAUGGGUUGACUUCACGGUUCGUUAUCUCUCGUUAACUGCCUAGUUAUUUUAAUUCUGUCCUUUGUAGUAAAUUUUGUCCAACGCCCUCACUUCUCUAAUCUUUAGUCCCGAAACUUCCUGCAGCGCCUCGAGAUGAUGCUGUUUCGCGGAUAUCGCUUAGCCCCGCUUCGUUUUGUAAUCAGCCAUACUCAGACAGCACCUUUGGGCACGGCAGCAUUUCCUGUCGACCUUAAUCAUGUGAGUUCCUUGGAACAUCGUUGUAGUAGGUUCUUGACAUCUUGGUUUUAGUUAUGUCAUCAACACCACUCCCUUUAAAGGGAGUUCAUAUUUUUCGUACCUCAUAGUCCCAUAUGCCUUGAGUGUUUCCUCCGAACCGCGACCUAAGUAACGUAUCAGAUGACACACAGUCGACGCUCUUUUAUAGAAACCGUGCGUUUUGCGUACUUUGCUUUGAUGUCUUCCUUCAAUUUCACUGGCAUAUUCUGUCCCACUUUUAACAAAUGCAUCUGUCCUUUUUUCUCUAUCAUAGGUCACACUGCUGGGCAGUGUCGCAUCCAAUGGCGUUACAAUCGAAUCAUGGAAGGGUGACCGCGAACUGGCAGUUUUCAAUCUUCUUACUCGUGCGCGUUACCGUAGCGCUGAUCGCUUUCUCAUGAAAUUGGUAUAUCACAGGUUUGUUAUCAAGUUUGUGACUGUGGCCAUAACGAACUAUUAGCUUCUAGGGCGCAUGUUUUAUCGCGAUCACAAAUUUAUGAUCAAAUUGAUUAGUCGGUGCGCCAGUUUAUGUUCAUGCGGUUUAUAUGUCUAAGUCGAGUAAGUUUAUCACUGAUAAAAGCACCUAUUACUCAAUUUCGGCACACUUAAGGCCUGCCAAAUCGUAGCUAUCUUACCAGCGAAAUCGACUGCAUCGGAGUUUGCCUAUUCCACGCAGUUCCCCCAGCUGUCGUCCACAACAACGCUGAAAAUGAAUUAAGACAGAAAGUUGGCAGGUUAGACUAAAUAGAAAGUGAAAGCACGGUCGACGAGGACCUGUAGUAGGUUCUAUCUCAGACCAGGUUUCCAGCCGGCAAGAAGAGGGGUUGGCAGGCCUGUCCUCGUCAGGACAAUCAGUUGGGUUCAGAUUGUCCUGUUUCUGUUUGGGGAAGUAGCUCCCGACCUACAGCGCCCUUCCUGGAUGCACACAGCGAAGAAUGAUUGUUUUGGUUGUUCGCCAAACGUGCCGCCUCCGUUUUCCGAUGCGCUUUUGAACGCAAUUAGUCCACACAGUACCAGUGCGUGCGCGCCCUGUAGUUAAAGUAAACUUUUCAAGCUGACGAAUGAUUUAUUUAUAGAUCGCUUUGGGCAUUACAACGUUGCAUUUGCUAAGUUUUCAUUCAAGGACAUCAACACUUUUGUUGUUGAAAAAAUGUGUUCAAAGACAGAGUCUACCCCGAAGUUUGCCCACUGUUCAUGCGUUUUUUACGCGGAUCUCAAAAACCUUGCACGCGAUUCAUCCGUCAUCUGUAUGCCCUCUACAUAGAGAUGACGGUCCGGAAAAUUGUAGCCACAUACAAGAAUUCUCGGGUGUUCGGCCUUACGUCCGUAAAUCAGUGUUUCGGGACGGUUCAGCAACGUACUUCAUUCCCAGACUUAUUCACGCAGUCACCGUUAACAUUUGUUUUGAAGAUUUUGUCUGGAGCCGCUUGAGAGAAGUCUGGCGCUACCUCAACCGUGGUAGCCAAUGAAAUGACCGGUGCAAUCCAGAUUCAUUCGCGUGUUAAGGUAAAAUGCCUAGGCAGCCGGGUUUAACUCCAUGAGGACUCAAUAUGGUUCCCGGCUUCGGCGAGCGAUGGCAUCUGCGCAUUUCUGCCAACUUCACGACACUAACAGAUUCGAAUAAUUUGCUGGCCAGGUCUUAUGUGUAUGUGCUCACGUUUAAGCGGUCGUCUCGACUCCAUAGUCAAGUUUCCAGACAGGGAAGAAUGAAAAAAUAUACUGGGUCUUAGGAUGCUUCGGUUACAACUAGACGUCUCCAGCGUUAGUCUCACAGACGACUUGCAGAGACAAACCCGUGCCAUAAAUUGUGUCAGUGAUUCAGGUCUUCUUUCAUGCUGUUGAGUCUGUUUUUUUUUUAAAAUUUAGAAUCCACGUUUUCGACCAGCCACUCAUAAACAGAAUAAGGGGUUUGUGUCAGGGCGACCGUGUCUGUGUCAUUGGAGCUCUUACUUCUUUCCGCAAAUCAUCAAAUGAUUGGAUGCAAUGCAUCACCGCACAGAACGUCAUCCUUCAUGGUGCAGCUGGCCAGGAAGUUGAGCCUCCAGCAGAGGACCUUGCCGGAACGGCAGACGAACCCUGA